UGGACUGAUUGCUUUUCAGACCCUCGACUCAGACACACUGGUUCCCCUGUCUGCUGAUAUGAAUGACUUGAGCCGCACCCUGAGCGACCUCUCUAUCCAGGCCUAUCAGCAGCUCCUUUCCAUCACCGAGACCCGUCUACAAAACAUCAUAGUCCCUGCCCUGUUGGAGAGCGAAACCAUCCAAGGUCUAUCAGGCUCAGCGGUGAAGCUGGCAGUGAGCAGGAAGCGGGCCGGCUCAGACCCCAGGACUGUAGGAGGCGAGGCUCCCACGAUGGCGUCUGUGCUGAGGGAGCUCGGAGCCCUUCACACCGCUCUGACUCAACAAGCUCUGCCCAAGACCCUGAUGGAGCAAGCCUUUCACCAGCUCACCUACCUCAUCUGUGCCUCUGCUUUUAACAGCCUGCUGCUGAGGAAGGACAUGUGCAGCUGGAGUCGUGGCCUGCAAAUACGCUACAAUGUGAGCGUCCUGGAGGAGUGGCUGCGGGGCCGCGGUUUACAGGCAGGGGGCGCUGUGGCCACACUAGAGCCCCUCAUCCAGGCAGUGCAGCUGCUGCAGGUGGGGAAAAAGACCGAGGCGGAUGCUCAGGGGAUCGUCCGGACUUGCAGUGCCUUGUCCAGCCAGCAGAUCGUGAAGAUUCUGACCCUCUACACCCCCCACAGCGAUCUGGAUGAAAGAGUCACUCUGAAUUUCAUACGUUCUGUUCAGGGGCUUCUCAAAGGCCGCUCUAACAGUCAGCCUUCACAGCUCCUAAUGGAUGUGAGGAGAGUGUUUCCUGUCAUAUUCCUCUACUCGCCUCCCCCCGUCCUCAGCGCGGAGCAGUUAGUCAUCCCAGACUCCCUCAAGAUCUCCUUUCUGCGCAAAGCAUAAGAAGCAGGAUGCAAAUUUAUUAAUGCUCCAGUGAAUUUAACUCCUAACUUGCUGAAGUUAUUCCUUGGAAAUUGAAAUGACUUACUGAGAAUUUCUCCUUUCAGACUUUUAAAAUGUGCAUUAACUUGUUUAAUUAGGCUGUCAUCGGUGUAGUCUGUAUCUUAUAGAAGGUUGCGAGUUAUUUCAGAAAGGUACAUCUUGGAAAAAUAACUAAAAUGGCAUGAAAGAGAGCACGUGGUAAAGACCUGGAUAAAAUUAAAUCAAUAUAACUAAAUAAAACUAAAUGUGGCUAUUCCUUUGAACAGUUUGACAA